AUGGUCCUCUCCUUAUUUGCGGAUUUUUGUAUAAUGAAAAGGAUUUUUAAGACUUCAAUGUUCACAUAUGCAGCAGAUGUGAAGCGCCAUGCUUUUCUCAUAAACAACAGUGCACAUUAUUACAAAAAUGUGCAGGUCAAACUGAUGCUAAUUGCGCUUCUAUCUGAAUCUGAACUUAGAGUAUCUGAUGCCACAAUUGAGCUAAUCUUAGAUAAGGUCACGAUCUCCACUAAGGUCUCUUUGCAUGGCUUUAACCAUUUGAUUCUCACCAUCAAGAUCAAUCGUCUCGAAUAUGAGGAUGUGUUGAUAGCUGAUGAUGCAAUGGUUGCGUUGCUUUGA